AUGCAAGAUGUUAGUAUUAGUGAAGAAUUGAGAAGACGUAAAUCUUUCCUUCAAAUAGCAGGUACAGCUUGUAAUAAUUGUCGAAAAACUGGCGAAGAAGCAGGUGUUAAAGGUCUUUUACGUUGUACUCGCUGUAGAAUGUUUUAUUAUUGUUCAAAAGAAUGCCAGAAAAUUGAUUUUAGUUUUCAUAAACGUUUUUGUCAAGCAAUAUCUGAUUUAAGUGAUGUUGAAGAAGCGUGGUAUUCUUGCAAUGGAGAGCAGGAAUCAUGGAAUAAACGUAAGCUUUAUCAGAUGCAACUUUUAUCGGAUAUACUUGAUAGGGAUUUAGAUGAUUAUGAGAGAAAUGCUUGGUUAAAUCAACCAAAAUGUUCAGUUUGUUUUAUUUCUACAAGAGAGACCAAUGAGUCUUUAAUAGCUUGUCCUUCUUGUAAAGUGGUUUUAUGUUGCUCUAAAGAACAUUGGACUGUGUAUAAGCAAAAACAUUCUAAAUUAUGUAAAACUUAUCAAAACAUGGUAGAAUGUGAGAAAAUCCGUUAUUUGAAUGGUGAUAGUGUUUUGUGGGUACCGGAAGAUUGGGAUGAAGAAAGGAAAUUUCCGCCAUUACCAAAAAACUGGAAUGAAUAUCUCCAGUGGAGAAAUGCACCAAAUUCAUCAGAUAAGAAUUCAUAUAGUCGUGUUGUAACCAACUCGCUUUCAAUGCCGCUUACAAUUCUUUCAGCAUUUGAAAGAUUUUAUAAUCGUGAUCAAUUGAUCUCUUUUGAAGAGUUAUCAAUUCAUGUUAUUGGAGCAAAUUUUACAGAAGUUGUGGCAUUAAUGACUUUUGAGGAAAUAAUGCAUGUAUUACCAAACAUCAAAAUUUUACAUAUUGUGUUGAUUGGCACAGAACUUCAAAUGAAUAAGGAUAACACGGAUUUAACAUGUUGCCCAAAAUGUACUGAUUCUAAUAGGAAGCGGUUAUGUUCCAUGAAAUCAAUACUAUAUCAUGAUUAUGUUGGAUCAUCUGAUUAUGCUAUACCAAAUUUGGGGGUAGCAUUUAACACAGGACUUCAUGAGGAAGAUACUGAUCUCUGGAAACCAACAAUUGAAUGUUUAUUGGAAAAAAAUUUACCUUGUGUUUUUACUUCAUAUUCUAAGGAAGAAGCGUCAGAAGAUAUUAAAGUCUUAAAAAGUUUAGGAGCAAAGAUAAUUUCUGGAGCAAAGGAAAAUAAAUGGAGAAGUACAAUGCCAAUAGUUGAACCUAAUGUCCUAGAUAAAUUCUUUUAUAAUAAUUUUUAUAGAACUUUUUUUCAAGGCAAAAUGGUAGACAAUCAAUAA